AGCGGCGGCGCAGGGAGAGGGCAGCUGCGGCCGCGGCGCUGAGCGGGACGGGGCGGGAGGCGGAGCGGCGUCGGGCCUCGCCGCGGGCAGCGGCUCGGGCGGGAGACGGACCCCGCUCCCGGGUCCCGCCCGCGUCCCCUAACGGGAGCCGUGCCGGGAUGCGGCCGGGGAGACGCGAGGGGCUCCUGCCUCGAGGGCCCCCGCCUGGCCGCCCACCCCGGGACCCUCAGAACUGCCGGUUUCGCAUCACCUGGAGCCUGUCCCGGCGUCCCCGGAGCUCGGGUCACCGCCGGGGCUGGCUGGCAGCGCCGAAAGGACAAACCCGCCCGGGCGGCAUCGCCGGGCCCGCGGCCCCCGCAGCGCCCUGAGGCCCGGGGCGGCGCGGCCUCCCGCCGCCUGCCCUGCAAGGCGUCCGCCAACGGCGUCCAGUGCUGCUGGAGAACGCAUGGAAGAACUCACCGGCCUCGGGAGGCUCCGAGCCGCACGCUCCAGGCACCCCUUCCUGGGCAAUUGUUGCAGUUGGACUGCUGGUUAUGGUUUUUAUUGCUCUGUUGGCUCGUGUUCUUGUCAAAAGAAAACCACCAAAAGACCCGCUGUUUUAUGUUUAUGCCGUAUUUGCCUUUACCAGUGUAGUGAAUCUAAUAAUUGGACUGGAACAGGAUGGAAUUAUUGAUGGAUUCAUGACUCAUUACUUGAGAGAGGGUGAACCGUAUCUGAACACUGCGUAUGGCCAUGUGAUCUGCUAUUGGGAUGGCUCUGUUCAUUAUCUGAUGUAUCUGUUGAUGGUGGCAGCUAUUGCAUGGGAACAAAGCUAUAGAACCAUCGGCCUCUACUGGCUAGGUUCCAUUAUCAUGAGCAUCAUUGUCUUUAUGCCUGGAAACAUUGUGGGCAAAUACGGAACAAAAGUAUGUCCUGCUUUCUUCUUAAGUGUACCAUAUAUUUGCCUUCCCAUAUGGGCUGGGUUCCGAAUUUAUAACCAACCUUCGGUGACUCACGACACUCCAGUCAAGGUAGUUCAGGAAGUCCAGAAGAAAGGACUCCUAAGACGACCAAUAGAUUUAAUGUUAGCUGCGUACCUCAUUCUAGCAACGGGGUUUUGCAUAUUUAGGGGCAUGAUUGCUCUGGAUUGCCCUGCUGAACUCUGCCGGCUAUAUAUUCAACUUCACGAGCCUUAUAUAAAAGAUCCUGCUGCCUAUCCUAAGCUUCAGAUGCUGGCAUACAUGUUCUACUCUGUGCCAUACUAUGUGAUUGCUCUGUAUGGCCUACUGGUGCCUGGUUGUUCCUGGAUGCCUGAUUUAACCCUUAUACAUGCUGGAGGACUAGCUCAGGGAGUGUCUGUCUGCUUCCCGUUGAUGGCAAGGACAACAUUCCUAGGUAGGUGGGUGCAGGUCCUGCCCCCACUGCUGUGCUGCAGUUCAGGAGUGCCGACCUUUACGGUGAUGCACGCUUCAGCGGCCGUUUGCCUGGGGAAGGAUCGUGGACCCUGUUGCAUGACUAAUCACUCAGAAGCCAAGGGUGAAGUCCUCUACCUGAUGUAAAGAUCAGUGCCACCACAUGCAUAAAGUGAACCUCCUACCAUGCCACUGCUGGUUCCGUUUAUGCCUCUUAUGCCAAGAUAUUAAUGAUCUUUGUUCAAACUGUAUUUUUAUACUGAGGUGCAAAAGUAUGAUGGAAAUACCUGAAAUAAAAGGGCUGGCUUGGAAAAUGUCACUGGAGAUGCAUACUUGCAUGCAGAUUAUGCCAUCUUUCCAAAAUACACAUCAACUUUACCUUUUUUUAAUAUAUACAUUAUGUACACACCACAGGCUCAAUUUUCCCAUAUCGGUGCUUCUCUUCAUGCUCGAACUCCUUACAUCUACAGAGUCCCUGAAGAAGCAAAACAGUUUUUCCUGAUAUUGAACAUAAUGUAUGGGAUUCUUCCCCAGCUGCUGGCUUACAGGUGUGUCAACAAGCCAGAGUUUUUUAUGAAAACAAAACAAGAAGAAAAAACAGAAUAGCACAACUGUUUUGAGCUCCUCUUUUUGGCUAUGUAUAUAAUUGGGCUGGGAUGUAACUGAACUGCUCAAAUGAAACCCAAAUGAAGCGUGUAAGGUGUGUAAAAUUGUGUAAUGUUGCACGGUCUGUUUUGUUUAUCCUACUCAAAAAGGGAAAAUAAAGAUGACUGCCUUCAGUA